AUGGCGACGAGCGAUGACGAGCCUAUGCAUUUAUAUGAAGUUUUUCAAAACUGUUUCAAUAAAAUAGCGAAUAAACAACAAGUCACAGAAAAAGCAGGCUACCAGUCACCGUAUGGAGGAAUGGACAAUGGAAUGUACGGGGUGGCGGCGACGUGCGCCGCGCCCAACGGCCACCACCAGGAGCGGCGCCACCUCCAGCAUCACCAGCACGCGGACGUGCCUCCGCAAUGGUACGGCAGCGAUGAAUUCGGGCACGACUCACCGAGCCGGUACGCCUCACCAAAGGGCGCCGGCGGGGGAGCCUACCAGGAACCUUACUACGCGGGAGGGGAGUGGGCGGGGGGGUACUACCAGCCCCCACCGCCUUACCAACAUGACACAUACGGCGCGUCACCUGGUUUACCAGGAGCGCCGAGCGAGCCCGCGGGGGCGGAGCUCCCCCUACCCCCCAUGUCGUCAUUCCGCGCCGCCGCGCCCCACCACUCGCCUACAGACAUGCUGGUCUCCAAACCACUACAGCCUAUGUACGCGUCAGCCAGCACGCCCGCGGUAGCCGGGGAGGCGGGCGCGGGGAGCCUGUCGUCGUACGGCUCCUCCCCCUCCACGCCCGUGCACUCCCCGCCCCCGCUCCCCGCGCGCCUCUACCCCCCGCUCAAGCACUCGCCGCACAUGCACCACCACCAGGGCCCCAACUGGGUCGCCAGCGGAGUCUCAUCCCCCGGCAGCGCGGGGACUCCCCACCCCCACGUGGUGCUCCCCAACGGCCACCAGCAUGUCGCCGUCUUCCCCCCCAAUGUCAUGGGCGCGCCGGCGGAGCAGCGGCAGCUCGACGAGGCCAUGGUGUUCCUCCGCGAGCAUUCCGACGUCGGAGGUGCCAGAAUGGAAGAGAGGUUGGACGACGCGAUCAACGUUCUGCGCAACCACGCGGAAGCCCCCGAGCUGUACCCACAAGAUGUCCACCACCAGCCACCAGUGUCGCGGCUGGGCCCCGGGCCGGCGCCGGCGCUGGCGCUGCACGGCGAGGCGGCGGGCGUGAAGAUGGAGCGCCACGUGCUGCCCAACGCCAGUACGUAUCCAAAGAAGCGUAAAGAGCCCCCGGACUCCGGCCUGGACUCCAAGCCGUCGUCGUCGGGCUCCGCCGACCUCGGCAAGCCGGGCUCCAAGCGCUCCCGGAGAUACGUGCCAGCCGCGCCGGCCUCAGACUACGGCCGGUGUCGCCCGGGCGCCGGCCCCGAUGCAAUCUGUUCAUCGGCGGACGAAGGGGACGACGAGGGCGACCCUCAGGCCAAGGCCAUGCGCGAGAAAGAGAGGCGGCAGGCCAACAAUGCGAGGGAACGGAUAAGAAUACGGGACAUAAAUGAAGCCCUGAAGGAGCUCGGGCGCAUGUGCAUGACGCACCUCAAGAGCGACAAGCCGCAGACCAAGCUCGGGAUCCUCAACAUGGCGGUCGAGGUCAUCAUGACGCUGGAGCAGCAAGUCAGAGAGCGUAACCUGAACCCGAAGGCGGCGUGCCUGAAGCGGCGCGAGGAGGAGAAGGCAGAGGAGGCGCCCAAGCUGCUCGCCGCGCCGCUGCACCACUACCAGCCCAUGCCGGGCAUGGGCCAGCUGCCAGGCCAACCCCCCUCCGGCCCCCCACCGCAAUAGCGACGCCCCCCCACUGACUUUCUCCAAAUUAAGGUUCAAAAACGUCAGCCAGUGCCGCUGCAACUCCUAAACGAGGGAUAACAACUCGUAGUUCGGCGCCAUUUUGAAUGCACUAUAAAAGGUUCAAAAAUAUCAACUGGGGUGAAUUGGGAUAAAUGGGGCGAGAAGGGACAAAGCUAUUUUACAUUAAUUGUAUCAUUCAAAAAUAAUAGUCGAAUUUGAUUGAUACAAUUUUUGAUUAUUCCUAUUCACCCCAGUCAUCUCUUUUCACCCCAGUUUCUAAAAGCGGAAAAAGUAUGAAAACGCGCAUAUGCGUUCGCAUUUAAAUUUUAUUAUAUCAAACGCAUUGAAUAAAUAAAAAAAAAUUCUAGGUGACAUUUU